AGAGAGAGAGAGUGUAUGAACCAGCGAACCCCGCCAGGGAAAAAAAAAUUUAAGAACUUGAAAAUUAUGUUUGGGCAAACAUGGGUGGAAUCAGGUCCUUUGAUUUCUCUUUAAUAAAGAGAUAAAGAGGGAAAUUCCUUUUAGGACCCUACCAGCGCUUGUGACUGUUUUAAGGGUCGUCAAUGAAAAGUCAGAGCGUACCAGAUGUUAAGAUAUCAAAGAAAAAUACUGUUUGCAUCUAUAAUAUGCAUUGUCCAGUUUUGAGCAUCCCCAUUGAAGAAACCCUCAUUCAAAUUUGUAUUUGAUUGCAGUUCUCUCAACACCCCUUUUAGUCUCUCCAGGAGAGAAGCUUCAAUGGCGUCCACUUCAGAGACGAUAGGGGGAUUUUUUGAGAAAGUUUGUGGAAGUAAUAGUAAGAAGUCGAAGGACAGGGAGGAUAAAAGCCAGAAGAUCGAAGGGAGAGUGGUGUUGAUGAAGAAGAAUUUGAUGGACUUGAAUGAUAGCAAGGCCUCCUUGAUUGACAGCGUUUAUGAAUUGGUGGGCAAACACGUAUCUCUGCAGCUAAUCAGUGCUACUCAUGCCGACCCAGAAAACAAUUUGCGAGGAAAACUUGGGAAGGCGACAUGUUUGCAGAAAUGGAAUUGCACAGGUCCAGCAAUAACAGCCAGAGAAACUGAAUUUGCAGUUACAUUUGACUGGGAAGAGGGGAUGGGUGUUCCUGGAGCUCUCAGAGUCAGCAACCAUCACCACAGUGAGUUCUACCUAAGUUCAGUCACCUUAGAAGAUGUUCCAGGACAGGGUCGGAUCCAUUUUGUGUGCAAUUCUUGGGUUUUCCCCGUGCGAUACACGAAUGAGCGGGUGUUCUUCUCAAACAAGGCCUAUCUUCCAUGUCAUACACCAGAGCCUUUACGCCAGUACAGGGAAGAAGAACUGGUGAAACUUCGUGGAAAUGGACAAGGUGAGCGCAAAACAUGGGAAAGAAUCUAUGACUAUGAUGUCUACAAUGAUUUGGGAAAUCCAGAUAAGGGUCCAAGCCAUGCACGCCCUAUUCUGGGUGGAUCUGAAGAUUACCCUUAUCCCCGCAGAGGAAGAACAGGGCGGGAAAGGACAAAAACCGAUCCUUGCAGCGAGAAAAGAUUGUCACUCCUACGUUUAGAUAUUUAUGUUCCAAAGGAUGAACGGUUUAGUCAGGUGAAGUUCUCAGAUUUCCUUGCCUAUGCUGUCAAAUCCCUUGUUCAGGUAUUGAUCCCGGAGAUCAGAUCUUUAUUCGACAAGACUGUCAACGAAUUUGACUCCUUUCAAGAUGUACUGAACAUCUAUGAAGUAGGGAUUAAUGGACAAAAUGGAGGAACACACGGUACAGUUAGGGACUGCAUAUCAUGGGAGUUUAUCAGGGAACUCGCCCAUUCAGAUGUAGGAUUCCAUAAAUUUCCAAUUCCUGAUGUAAUAAAAGAAAAUACUUCUGCUUGGAGGACAGAUGAAGAGUUUGGACGAGAAAUGCUGGCAGGAGUAAACCCUGUUAUGAUCCGUCGCCUAGAAGAGUUUCCCCCGGUCAGCAAACUAGAUAUUAAUAAAUAUGGCAAUCAAACCAGUACAAUAACCAAAGAGCAUAUCGAGAAAAACAUGAAUGGUCUCACUGUUGAUCAAGCAAUUAAGAACGACAAGCUGUUCAUAUUAGAUUAUCAUGAUGCAUUGAUGCCAUACCUGAGCCGGAUAAACUCAACUAGCACAAAGACAUAUGCCACAAGAACACUCCUUUUCCUGAAAGAAGAUGGGACAUUGAAACCGUUGGCAAUUGAGUUAAGCUUACCACAUCCACAAGGGGAAAGUUAUGGAGCCACCAGCCAAGUCUACACUCCAGCAGAAGAUGGUGUUGAAGGUUCAGUUUGGCAGCUCGCCAAAGCUUAUGCUGCAGUGAAUGAUUCUGGCUACCAUCAACUCAUUAGUCACUGGUUGAACACCCAUGCAGUAAUAGAACCAUUUGUGAUUGCAACAAACAGACAAUUGAGUGUGCUUCACCCCAUAUAUAAGCUUCUGCAUCCUCACUUCCGUGAUACAAUGAACAUAAAUGCCUUGGCCAGGCACAUUCUCAUCAAUGCAGGUGGGUUUCUUGAGAUGACAGUUUUUCCUGGUAAAUAUGCACUGGAAAUGUCUGCUGUGAUUUAUAAGAACUGGAAUUUCACUGAGCAGGGGCUUCCUGCUGAUUUACUCAAGAGAGGUGUAGCAGUUGAGGACCCAAACUACCGCCAUGGGCUCAGGCUUCUGAUAGAGGAUUACCCCUAUGCUGUUGAUGGGCUAGAAGUUUGGUCUGCAAUUGAAACUUGGGUCACUGAAUACUGCUCGUUCUACUACCCCACAGAUGACUUGAUUCGAUGUGACACCGAACUGCAGUCAUGGUGGAUGGAGCUCCGCAACGAGGGUCAUGGUGACAAGAAAGAUGAGCCAUGGUGGUCAGAGAUGCAGACAAUAGUUGAUCUUACCAAAACAUGCACAAUUAUCAUUUGGGUGGCUUCUGCCCUCCAUGCAGCUGUCAAUUUUGGGCAAUACCCUUAUGCUGGCUACCUUCCAAACCGCCCAACCAUAAGCCGCCGCUUCAUGCCUGAGCCAGGCACUCCGGAGUAUCAAGAGCUUGAGAGAAACCCUGACUUAGCCUUCCUGAAAACAAUUACAGCCCAGCUACAAACCCUUCUUGGUGUGUCCCUAAUAGAGAUUUUGUCUCGGCAUUCUACUGAUGAGAUUUACCUUGGGCAGAGAGACACUCCUGAAUGGACUUCAGAUGCUGAGCCCCUGGCUGCAUUUGAGAGAUUUGGCAGCAGGCUGAGGGACAUUGAAACAAGAAUUAACCAAAUGAACCAAGACAGGAGAUGGAAUAACCGAUUUGGGCCUGUUGAGAUGCAAUACACCUUGCUCUAUCCCAACACCUCAGAUUACUCAAGACAGGGUGGCCUCGCUGGCAAGGGAAUUCCUAAUAGUGUCUCAAUCUAAAUUUUUUGUUGAAAUGAUUAGUGAGUGUUUGUUUGUGAAGCAAGGAAAUACUUGGGUUCAAAAUCUUUGUAUCUUCGAACUUUCUUGAUCACAUAGUGAAGGCAAGUAAAAUAUGCAGAUUCUCAAACAUGCAAUGCAAUCAUCCACAUGCCACAUAAAUGUUAUUUUGCAAC